AUGGAUCCAAAGAAUUAUGAAAGGGACAGCAAAAAUUCGAGUGAACUAUUGCCUAAUAGUAUGCCAUCCGAAAAUACUAACAUGGAAAAAAAGACAGAUCAGCCCAAUCGUCUGUAUUAUGAGAUUGACGUAGCCAGAAAGAAAGGUGAUCAAGAAAACUGGAAAGCCAUUCAGAGUUAUCUUCGAUUCAAAGAAGCUCUGUCGAUAUAUCUUGCUUUAUUAUUAAAAAAAACACUACCCAUGAUAUAG